AACCGAAAAAAAGGAAAAAACUCGGAUCGAAAACAAAAUCUCAAAACCACCCUGACCUUAAUCUCAGAGAGAAGAACAGGAGACUUGAGAAACGAAGACGGACUGAGCCCCUGUGCGUAUUGGUGAAGAUGUCUGCGGACCAAUCCGACAAGGAUUCAAAGCCGUUCGUCGAGGUUGAUCCUAGCGCCCAGUACGGACGCUACCAUGAACUGCUCGGCUCAGGGGCCGUAAAAAAGGGCAUACCGGAAGAGACACCGGUCGAUAUAGCGCUGAAGAAGUGGUCUAAGCAGAUCUUGAAAGGGUUGAAUUAUUUGCAUACCCACGAGCCCUGUAUCAUCCACAGGGAUCUUAAUUGCAGCAACUUGUUCGUCAAUGGGAACAUCGGUCAGGUCAAAAUUGGCGACCUGGGUCUGGUGGCGACUGUAGGGAAGAACCAUUCGGCGCAUUCAAUACUCGGGACACCGGAUUCAUGGUACCGGAGCUCUACGAUGAGGAUUACAUGGAGCAGGUGGAUAUUUACAUGUGAUUGUCCAUAUCUUCUAAUGGAUCUGACAAGGCAGCCUAACAACCAAUAUUACCAGGUUCCCCCUCCAUCCAUCCUACAACUGAAACUCCAUGCACAAACAAUACAAUGGAUCCCAUUAGGACCUGAAAUCAUUGUUGCUCAUCAGGAGUUGUACGUCUGCGUACACGACGCCUCCAAGAAAUUGAACCGCCAUCAGAGGAACUCAUUAUCCUCAUCCCUAGAAGAAGAUCCAGUUUCCCCAUGAUAGCUCUCUCCCCAAAGUCGGGUGGAUCUCCUCCGCACACCUGGUUGUGCUUAAGCACUUGAGGGGCUAGACCGGCUGCUGCUACUGCGCCUGGGGCUUGAACUAGGUC